AUGACCGACUCCUACCGCCCUGGCGACCGCGGUCGCGACCGCCCGCCCUCGCUCACAGACCGCAUGACCUUCACAGCCGGGCCUGAUCACUAUCGACCAGGCGGCUCCCAUACGGCGCAGGGCCAUGCAGGCAACCAGCAUCAGUUCAACUUCGAAUCCAGCUAUCAUUCAACCCAUCCAGCGCCUCGAUUUCCACCCACGGGCCCGGCAAACGGGCCCUCUCGUGAGCCGCCUAGGAAGCGCGCGCGGGGCGGGGCUGCCCAACGUGAGGACAGAGAAAGCAGGCGCACUGACCGCCUCGAUCACAGAGGCAGGAACAAUGCAAACGGAUUCCGUCGUGGAGGCCGAGGUGGCUUUCGCAAGGCUGCGCCACAUGAGCGUGCCCUGCUGCGGCCCCGCGCUGAUACCAGUCCAGAGCGGGCCAUGGGCGUCUCCGAUGGUCCCAAUAGGUUCUUGAAUCUUGAUGACCUGUCUGAUGACGAAGAAGCGGACAUGGAUGUAGAGAGUCGUGACUCUGCCUCGGAAGACGGUCAAGUUGGCGGCCAAGUUGAUGGUGAAGUCGACAGCUCUGAUGGCAGCAACCGCAAAAUAGCUCGUACGCAGACAAGUAAUCGUGCUGAUGGCGCCUCUGCUCCCAAGUGGUCUAAUCCUGAUCCAUAUACGGUCCUGCCACCGCCCGAUGAGGCCACUGGUAAGAAGACUGACUUCGUCAAGUUGAUUCGCAAGGCCAAGAAUUUGGCGGCCGAGAAGGAAGCUGCGCAUAACGCGGUUGCUGCUAAUGAUGACUUCAUCUCCUUUGGCGACGAUGACGACGCUGCAGAGACUCCUGUGCCACCGCCCGAACAACAUCCUUUGCCAGAUCGGCCUAGCGACAAGAACGACCCCUUUUCCGCCAAUGCUUUCCCUCAUUCUGGUCUUAGCAAGAAAAAGCGUAAGCAUGAAAGCUCUGGACCUGGAAUUUUGGAAGAGUGGGUGGGGCGCCCAGGUAUGGACAUGACACCCUGGCUGCUUGCACCUCACCCGUAUCGUCACCUUGCCAACGAUCCAGAAAAGUGGCUACACAACGAGAUCCUUGACUUCUAUGACUUUGUAGCUCCGAAGCCCUACGAGCACGAACAGCGCAAUUUGCUCGUCCAACGCGUGCAGAGCGUACUAGGCUACCACAGAUUUCCUCAGGACAACGGUCGCAUACUCUGCUUUGGAUCCUUUCCCGCGGGUCUUUACCUUCCAACAGCGGAUAUGGAUCUCGUGUAUACUUCUGAUCGACACUUCAAUGGAGGUCCCCCUGUCAUGGAUGUGACCGCGAGGAAUGCUACUGCGCCCUUGCUCAAAGGUGUAAGAAAUGUUCUACAACGCAGGAACAUGGCCUUUGGCGCCAUCAGUUGCAUUUACGGUGCCAAGGUUCCACUAGUCAAAUUUACCGACAGUGUUACUAGGCUUCAGGUCGACAUUUCUUUCGAGAACCUGAGUGGGAUGCAAGCUCAAGCCACCUUUGCCCAAUGGAAAGACAAGUAUCCCGACAUGAUCUAUAUGGUAGCCCUGCUGAAACAAUUUCUUGUCAUGCGCGGACUCAACGAGGUUCACACUGGUGGGAUCGGCGGCUUCGCCAUCAUAUGUUUAAUAGUGCACUACAUUCACCAAGCUGGUAAGGCUGAGAACCUUGCCGAAUUGUUUAAGGGUUUCCUCGAUUACUACGGCAACAAGUUUGAUCUCACCAAGCAUCGUAUUCAAAUGAAUCCUAUGGGUGUCGUUGACAAGACACGUUAUGGGGUGGACAACCGAGAAGAGAAGCCUUUCGGAUUGUCCAUUCAAGACCCGAAUCGUCCAGACAACAACAUCUCCGGCGGAUCUCACAAAGCUCAAGAAGUUUUCAAAGCCUUUGCGAUGGCACACCAAGUUCUCGAGGACCGCAUGGCGGCAUCAAAGUCCGGACAGGACAUUGGCGAAAGCAUUCUCGGAUCUGUCCUGGGUGGCAAUUACCAGUCCUACAUCGCACAGCGCAGACUCAUGAAAUCACUUCGCUCGCCAAAUCUACUGGCCCAGCUGCUGGAGAAACAGGACGAUGAUGGCGUGAUGGCACUGGCGAUGAAGUAUGCGCUUGAUACUACCAUGUCCGAUCUGCCCGAUCUGCCAUCAGAAGGGGAAGAGGACUGA